AUGACAGCUGUGAAUGUGAACAGCCCUGACGAAGAUAAAAUCAUGGCCGCGAAGCGUCGCCGAGGCUCCGACGAGUCAAGCACGCAGAGUUCCUCAGCCGCCAUCACCCUUGAGUGCAGCACCGCAGCGUCUGCGGCGAUACGGGAGGAUGGCCUUCGCACGGCGAUUGCAGCCCAGUGGCGCGAAGGCACCCUCUGCGACGUGGACCUCCUUGUCGAGGGCACAGCGUUCAAGGCACACCGCAUGCUCCUAGCGGCCGAGUCGCCGUACCUGAGCGCGCUGGUGACGACGGCCAUGAGGGAGCGCGCCGGCCCCAUCGAACUCAAGGAGCUCUCCGCCGCCAGCUUUGCCGCCGCGCUCUCGUUCAUGUACACGCGCCGCUGCACGCUCGGCUCCCAAGAUGCGCUGCAACCCCUGCUGCACGCUGCACACCUCCUCCGCGUGCCGCCACUGCUGGCCGCAGCCGAGGCCGCAGUCGCCGAGCGCAUCGACGCAUCAAACUGCCUGCGCGCCCUCGGCCUCGCUGAGCACCUCAGCCUCGCCGCCCUCGCCAACACGGCGCAAAAGCUCGCGCUGCAACACUUCGGCACGGCGGCGGAGGCGGAGGAUGGCGCGGCGCUGCACACCCUGUCCGCCGAGCAGCUCGGUGACAUCAUCGCCUCCGACGACCUCGCCGUGAGCGACGAGUCGGUUGUCUUGGAGGCGGUCAAGGGCUGGCUGGCAGCGCAGCAGCCAGCGGCGUCGCAGGCGACGGCCGGCGCGCUGCUCGCGCACGUGCGCUUCGCCGAGCUCAGCAAGGAACAGAAGGUGGCACUGGACGACGAGCCGCUGCUGCAGCAGCACUUCAAGAUCGUCGCCACGGCGUACCGCGAAAAGAUGCACGGCGAGGACACGCCGCGCGCGAGGCCGCGUUCGGGUUCCUUCCGCUGCUGCCUUCAGUACGACGACCUGAGGGUGGGCAUGAUGGUGAAGGUGCACCCGGACCGCGCCUUCGUGGAGGAGCAGUGCCGAAAAGUGGUGGCAGGCGCUACAAAGAACUGCGGCUGGGCCGUCAAUAUGACAAGCACCUGCGGCAGCACCUACCGCGUCGCGGAGCUCCGCGAAAAUAGUUGUUCAGCUAGGUUGGACAUCCCUCGGGUGAUCUGGCACUUACCCUACACCGUGCUGCAGAUCGUGUGCGACGCGUGA